GUUUAAACAAAUCACCGAGUUGUAACUUCGAAUAUAAAUUUGCAAACUGCAUUUCGUCACCAUAAAUUAGCCGAUAUUAAUGUCUCAUUCGUAUUUGAUACUUUUAUAAAUAAUGAAAAGUAGCAUUCCGUAUAACGAAGAGCAGACACUUUUCUUUUAAACAGACGACACUAUAAUUCUUGCGUUUGGAUUACAUUUUCCACACUACAAUAUUUUAACCGUGGUUUACCGGGUGCCUGAACAGUAAUGCAGCGGGUUACGGCCCAACUGAGUUCCGUGUCAGACCUGUACGUUAGUGACGAGAUAUCCGUACUCCUAGAGGAAAUCCACGAUUUGGAACCUAAAGGAAAUAUAGCCCCAAUUGACGACGCACAGGAAUUUGAAAUCAACGGCAGUCAGACGGGGGGCUCGUGGCUAGAAGUAACCAACAGCAUGGCGGGCACACCGGGUUCAUGGGAUUCACACGCCAACUACAAACAUCAAGAAGCUAACCGAGCUCGGUAUAACGGAAUAGUCAUACACUACGACAAAAAACCGAUGAAGACACCUUCAGGUUUUAUCCGGGUAAUGUUGCUGGUGACCUGCUUGAUAUGCAUACUUUGUCUUUGCUUUGCUGGGACGUCUAGAUUGGCCCUAUUUAUGCUACCGAUGUUGUAUCGAAUACGAUUUAUGCUGUUUGUCACUUUAUUCAAUUUACUCGUCACGGGAGGAAUACUUUUCCUCGAUGUUACCCAUACAGUGUACCUGUUUCCAUUCAAUUGGGGCAAGUUGAAUGUGCUUUUCUACGUCAUUAUGACAGUCAUGUGUCUUAUGAGUUCAUCGCUAGUCCUUCAUCAAGUGUACUCGUUCCACGAAUUUUAUACUUGGGUACCGCGGUCUACACGUCACCAAUUGCUAGUAGCUGCGGUACUAGGUUAUAUAUGUGCUCUCGAGACACUGCUGUUGGCGUUGUUGAGUCGCUGUGAUGGUUUGGGAGGUUUGAAUUAUCGCCACGUCAAAGACGAUAUGACUAGUCCCCCUAAUACUCUGCCACUUCAUCAAAGAAUACCACCACCUACAGUAGUGUAUUCGCCAUCACCGUCGCCUUCGUUUUGCUUACGUUCAAUUAAUCCAAAAUCUUAAUGCGUAAUUAAUUGAACUUUGCUUUGAAACUUAUGCUAAACUCGAUAAUUCCAUUAAACUAAAAAAACAAAAAAUAGUUGUAGUGUUCAAUUUAAAUUUCUUUUUUCUUUUAUAAAAUUUUUGUGUGCAAUUAAUUUUUGAUUAAAUUUUACAACUUUUAAAUUAAAUACCAAGUAUGAGUCAUCCAGUUCCAGAAGCCAUUAAGUCUAAUUUUUUAUGAAAUUUUGAGAUGAUUGAGAUGAUUUAGGUUUUAAUUAACUUCCAAGCAUACUUUUACAUGAUGUUAACACCGUGACUUUAUAAAUACAGAACUGCCAAAGAGAUUUUUAAUAUGCGACUGAUUAGAGGUGAAAUGGAGGGCAAUGAAUCGAGUAGUAAAGUAGUUUCUUUAAAUAUGUCAAAUUGAGGGAGUGUGGGACAUUAAGGUUUUUGGAACUGGACUCAUAUAUUCCUUUUAAUACUAUAUAUUUUUAUAUUGCUUCUCAUUUUCUAUUUGAAUAAUGUUUUACCAUAUUAUUACAUUUAUAUAGCGAACAAAUGUAGUUAUAUAUAUUUUUUAAACACUAUUUUAAAUUUAAUUACGGGGUCUUUGUUCUAAUAAACUUAAAAAGUUUUAAAAAAGUAAAUUACGUAUUAUAAUUAUUUAGAUUUAAUUUUAACUGACAAACUAUUUUAAAUUUCUAACAGAAAUUACUUUGACCACAUGCCAAUGAAAAAUUUACGAAACGACAAUUCCCAUUAAAGAAUAACACCUGUAUUGUUUUAUACCUUAUUUAAAUUUAUAUAUAUAUAUUAAUUUAGUAUUAUUAUUAUAAUUGUAAUAUCUAUAUUAAAUGACGAGUUUUAUUGUAACUUCAACGAUCUCUUAUAUUUCCAGUAUUAUAUUAAAGACCUCGAUCAUUAUUUAUAGCAUGUUUAAGUUGUUUGUUUGUGCUGUGUUGGUUUUAUUCAUUUGUUUGUAUAAGUAUGAGUUAAUAAUAAAAGGUCUAAAAAAAUUAGACUAGCUUCUAUUAAGUCAUAUUUUAUUUUUAUAUACUUCUAUAACUUAUUUUAAAAAGAAUGUGCUAAUCUAUAAAUAGUCAGAUUUUUCUAGUCAUAUUAUUAUUAUUAUUAUUGUUUAUUAUCAAAUCUACAACCUACAUGGCCAUUUUUUUAAAUUAAAAUUGAGUUAACUGAAUGAAUGUUGUAAUAAAUUGUAACUGCAUGUUUUUUUUAAAGAACCUUUUCAAAUUAUUGCUAUCAUAAAAAUCACAGUACAUUUUAUUUUUACAUCACAUAAUUGUUUUUAUGCCUAUAAAUAACUCUCUAUAAUUAUUUGAAUGGCCAACAUAAAAUAUAUGUUUCACUCAUUU